UUUUUCGGCCCACCCUACUGUGCAGUCAUAAUUAGUUGUAAUUGUAUAGAUCAUAUACACAAACGAGAAUAAACUUAUUUUUGACCUUAAAAAAAAUAAAAUAGUUUUGUGUGUUGUGUAAAAAGGAAUUCAUUUUUUUGAUAUAACCGAAAACUGGAGCUGUGCCAACACUUCUUUCAUAUUUAAUCUACUGUCCAUGUCCAUCGUCUGUCCUCCUUUCCCAUUAUUUGGAAUUCUUUAGUCAUCAUUUUUGUUAUGUUUCUUGACUUUCUUUUAUUUGGACGUAAUACCAAAUUAUAUUUAUACUAUACGUAUAUUAUAUCGGAUAUAAAAUCCCUAAACAUGUCGAUUUUUAUUUUUAAAUUGCACUUUUUUGGCAUAUAUUUAUAUCAUACUAGUGAUGUCCUCCAUCUGGGUGUGAUGACGUAAUAGAUAUUUUUUUAAAUGAUAAAUGGGGUUCGAGUGAUGAGUGAUAGUUUAUUUAAAAUGUUUUUAAAUUCUCCUUUCAAGAAUAUAAACAUUACCAAAAUUAUUUAUACAGGUUGGUCAAAAAAAAUAAUUUUUAAAUUAAAUUAAUUCGCACACGGAGAAUGUAUGUAAUUUAUUUAAUUUAAAAUACAUUUUACAUUACAUGUCAGAAAACAUAAAAAAUAUUUAUAUGACAAAAUAAACAUUGCUUUUCGCUUAAAUUGGAGGUUCAAACUACCAAGACGCAGGUGGGUGGCAUAUUUAACACUGAAUUUAAGCGAAAAUUAAUGUUUAUUUGUCAUCUAAAUAUUUUUUUUGUGUUCUGACAGCAGUACAAUGUAUUUUGAAUUAACUAAAUUACAUACAGUCUUCUUUUGUGUGAAUUUAAAAAUUAUGGAAAAUUAUUUUAAAUAUAAAGAUAAUUAAAUACCCUUUCAAAUAAGCUGUCACACUAACCUUAUUCUCAUUUAAAAAAGUUAUCGAUUACGUAAUCACGCCCAGAUGGAUGACGUCACUAUAUAUACCAAAAAAUUAUAAUUCAAAAAUAAAAAUCGACCUAUAUUGGGAUUUCUCUUCAAAAUUGCCCAUUCUGGGAAAAUGAAUUUAUUCCAUAAUUUUGCCCCUCUCUAUAUAUACGAUGAUGCAAAAAGCAUCAUAUUUUUCUCUAUAUUGGUUUAAACAAGUGCAUUGUGAUUAGCAUGUUGGAUGAAUAGUUUAAGAAUAUCAACUACAUAUAAGUAAAAAUAGUACUUAUUUACAUGACAAGGAUUUUAUGUUGCUUUUAGAAUGGACAGGAAAUCUAAAAUUUUAGUAAAUGCACUUAAAAAGUCCGAUAGAAUUAUAUUGGACUUUUUAAAAAUUCCUGCAUACGAAACUACUAAAGGAACAACUGCAGACGAGAGAAAUAGUUUCCUGAAUGCCAUGGUAAACUUUACAACCGAACAUCUGGAUAAUUAUAAAACCAAUAUUACACCUAUUUCCAAAAUGCAAGUUGAUGAAAUAUCGUCAACAGAGAAAGUGUAUAAUACAAGAGUUUAAGCCAAUAAAGCAAAAAAGGAUAUUUGUUCUAAUGACAACAAUUAUACUGAAGAUGUAGAUCAUGUUGAUAAAGUAUCAUCAACUCUUAACGAACAUAACGCUAGCGAACAUAAUAUUAGCAGUGAUGAAGAAUACAUUCCAGAAUCAGGAGAUGAGUCUAAAGAUUCUACUUCAGAUUUUGAAGUUUUUGAAAAACGUGAAACAGAAGCACUUCCCGUUCAAGUAUCGAACAAAAAAAAUAAACGGGUUUGGACCAAGAAAGAUCAUUGUUUUUAUUGCUAUACUGAUGUAUCUAAAUUCUCCAGACACAUUAUAAGACACCAUGAAUGCGAAAUAAAGGUACAAGAGAUCCUGUCAUUACCAGUGGGACAUAAAAGACGGAAAUAUCUUUUUAAUAAAUUAAGAAAUGAAGGAAAUUUUUUAAAAAGUAUAACUAAAGAAGAUGUUGUACCUAUACGAAAACCGGUAGCAGAAAAUUCAGAUCAACCAACAACAUCGACAUAUCUACCAUGUAAAUAUUGUAAGGGAUUUUAUAAGAAACGAGCUCUUUAUAGACAUAUAAAGAAGUGUGUUCACAAUGAUGAGAGUCAUAAGUAUGGCAGAACUCUUGCACAAGCUGAGGGACAGACUUUACUUUCGUCCUAUCGCUUUAAUGAUUUAUUAAGAAAAGAAAUAUUUCCAAGAAUGCGAGCCGAUAAUAUUUCUUUUAUUGCUAAAACAGAUCAACUUAUAUGUGCUGUGGCAGCUAGGUAUUUAAAAAGCCAAGGGAUAAACAAUUUCGCGUUGUUGCUUCACGCAAAAUGCGGCAAUUGGGUUCUUUACUGAUCGAAAUUAAGAAAAAAAUUAAAGUUAAAUCUUUGCAAGAAGUGCUAGAUCCUAUUUACUUUGACAUCAUAGUAGAAAGUACAAAGCAGAUAUCUAAAUUUGAUCCUAGAUCAGAAACGUACGGUGCACCGUCAUUAGCGUCCAAUAUGGGAACACUUUUAAAGGAAUGUCUUGAUGUCGCAUAUAAUAUGCAACUUAAAACAUGUGCAAUAGAAACGGAUGCUAUGAAAAAACUUAAAGCGUUUAAAGAUCUCAUUACUAGCGAAUGGCAAUAUGAAAUAUCAACUAUAGCUAACUCCUAUUUGAGCCAGAAGAAAUGGAAUAAGCCAUCUCUCGUACCUCUGGCAGAAGAUUUAACUUUACUGAGGUCAUAUUUACUGACUGAAGCCGAAAAAUGUCGAAAUACUUUAAAUGACAAUCCAGAGGACUUAAAAGCAUUUAAGACUCUUCAAGAAAUAUCUUAUAUCCAAUUACUUCUGCUAAAUAGAAGAAGAGCAGGGGAACUGCAGAGAAUCACUGUAAAAACCUAUACAACAAACAUAAAUAAUACCAGUUCAAGUGAAUUUGACGAUUGUAUAAGUGAAAGUGAGAAAAUUCUUAUAAAAUCAUUUAAACGAGUAGUUAUUAAAGGAAAAAGGGGUCGAGGUGUCCCUGUCCUUUUUACAGACGAAAUGGUAAAAAAUACUGAUAUAUUGUUGAAAUUUCGAAGAUAUUUUAUUGCAGAAAGUAAUAUAUAUUUAUUUGCUAGUACUACAUCUUCUAGUAGCAUAAGUGGAACAAAAGCGAUGAAUAAACGUGUGCGAAUUGCUGGUGUAAAGAAUGCAGCUGCAUUAACAUCCACGAAACUUAGAAAGCAUUUGGCGACAAUGUCGCAAGUCAUUAACCUUACCGAACAGGACUUAGAACAGUUGGCCAUUUUUAUGGGCCACACAUCUGAUAUCCAUAAAACUUAUUAUAGACUUCCAAAUGAUGUUUAUCAAAUGGCUAAAGUAUCCAAAUUGCUUCUUCUAAAUGAGACUGGAGAAGCGUCAAAGUUUAAAGGGAAACGUUUGGAUGAAAUCAAUAUAAACUUAGAUCCUGUUAAAGAUGAAUCAAAUGAUGAAAUAGAAGAAUCACACGAAAUAAUGAGCGACAUGCUUACAGCAACUAAAUAUGAUGGCCAAGUGAAAGAAAAAGACAAUAUUAUAAAUCCAAUCAAAGUAACUCAAAAGAAAAAACGAAUUUUGGAACCUUGGAACAAUUUGCAGAAAGAAAAAGCUCUAACGUAUUUUAGGAAUCAUGUUCAACAGGAAAUUGCUCCAAAAAAAAAUGAAUGUUUGAUGUUGAAAGAAGAUAACACGGAACUUUAUUCAAAUAAAACAUGGGAGAAAAUAAAAAUAUUUAUUGUAAAUUCCUACAACAAAAAAUGAAUUUCAAUUCCUAAUAUAACUUUUUGUCCAAUAAAACAUGUAAAGAAAUUUUAUUAUUAAUAAAGAUAACAAAAAAAUA